AUGGAUUUCACAAAUUUAAAAAAACAUAAAUCAUCCUCAUGCUAAACAAAUAAACAAAUUCAAUUUAGAUUAUUUAAAUGAACACACAGACACAUACAAGCAUACAUAUUCAUGAAUACAUUCAUAUACAGAUAUCUAAUUUAAAAUAACAUGCAUUUCAUCUCCUUUUUUCCAUAAAUCCCUUAUUUUUAUGUAUUGUAAGGCCUAAUUUUGCACAGCCCUUUGUCUUUGGGGUCAAAAGUCUCACUGGUGUAAUAUCAAGGUACUCUUGGUCUAUAAUGCUGUCACUUAAGAUAAGGUAGCUGAUGAAAGGAGGAGACAUGAAGAUUUGUUUUGCUCCGGCUGAUGUGCCUCUGGUUAGGAGGAUCCAGACUGCUGUCGUACUGCAGUGGGUGUUCUCUUUCCUGGCGCUCGCCCCCACCUGUAUAUUAGUCUUUCUCUUGCUACUCUUCACUCGUUUCUGGCUAAUCAGUGUGCUUUAUGCCAUCUGGUGGUACAUCGAUUGGGACACACCUUCACAUGGAGGUAGAAAAGUGCCAUUUCUGUGUCGAAUGCGCAUAUGGGAGUAUAUGAGAGAUUAUUUCCCUAUAAAGCUGGUGAAGACAGCUGAUCUGGACCCUAAGAAGAACUAUGUGCUGGGUUUCCAUCCUCAUGGUAUUCUUGUGGCCGGUGCAUUUACAAAUUUCUGCACGGAGGCGACAGGUUUUAGCAAACUCUUCCCUGGGCUGAGAAGCAACCUUCUCAUGCUUCCUCUCUGGUUCAGAGCCCCCUUCUUCAGAGACUACAUUCUGUCUGCAGGCUUGGUUCCAUCGGACAAGGAGAGUGCCAGCUAUCUGCUCCGUCAGAAGGGAGGGGGGAACGCUGUGGUCAUUGCAGUUGGCGGUGCCCCUGAGGCUUUGGAUGCCCAUCCUGGGGACUACACUGUUCACCUCGCCAAUAAGAAGGGCUUCAUUAAGCUUGCAAUAGAGCAUGGUGCAGAUUUGGUUCCUAUAUAUUCAUUUGGAGAAAACGAGGUAUUUGAUCAGGUGGAGAACCCUCGAGGCACCUGGCUGCGAUAUAUUCAAGAGCGCAUGCAACGCAUUAUGGGCAUUUCUCUGCCUCUCUUCCAUGCACGAGGUGUUUUCCAGUACAGCUUCGGCCUAAUGCCCUACAGAAAACCCAUCAACACUGUUGUGGGUAGGCCAAUCCCAGUAGAGAAAAACGAGAAACCAACGGCAGAAGAACUGGACGUGUUUCACCAGCGCUACAUGGACGAACUCAGCCGCCUGUUUGACGAACACAAAGGAAAUUAUGGAGUAGAUGAAGAUGCUCACCUGCUGUUCCAGUGAGAGGAUCUCUGAAGUGACUCUGAAAUUGUGUACGUAUGUGUUUACAAGAAAGAGAUAGAAAGACAGUUAUGUAUAUCUAGUUUAGUCUCAGCUGUAUAUUGUCAGCUUUUAAACCAUUGCUGUUUUGUUUACCAGUU